AUGGGUCUGGAUGACAGCGAUGACCAUGGUGGAAAGCACCACAGCGACCACGAGGAGGACAAGCCCGCCGCCUCGAACCAGACGCCUGGAGGUGCUGGUGCGUUCGGUCAGAACGAUUUCGAACAUGGCCUGUGCUCCUGCUUCUCCAAUUGCGACGUUUGCAUCUGCUCGUGGUGCUGCCCCUGCAUCCAGUUCGGCCAGAACUGGGAGAGGCUCAACCCCCACAACGAGAGGGACACGAGCAGCAGCUUCCUCAUCUGGUGCUGCGUCUACUUCCUGACCAUCUCGUUUGCCGACAUGUGGUUCUUCUUCCUCUCCUCGACUUUCCUCCGCUGGUGGACCAGAGUCGAGUUCCGGAAGGCGCUGGGCUACCGGGAGCGUCCGAUCUACGAUUUCCUGAGCGCGCUCUGCUGCCCGUGCUGCAUGAUCGCCCAGGACGGCAACGAGAUCAAGGCCUUCAAGGAGGGCAAGCUCAACCAUUAA